AUGACCAAGACCAAGGGCGCCGGUGUUGCCAUUUGCCUGGCGGCGGUUGUGCUAGUCGUGGCGGCUCUGGCCCACGAGGCGGCGGCCUUGACCUUCACCUGCGACGGUCAAACCCAGCUCUACCUUUGCGCGCACUCCCUGCCUCAGCUGCCCAUGCCCCCUUCGGUCGCGUGUUGUCGGGCGCUUAAAAUGAACCAGAAAUGCAUAUGCGAAUACUUACGUGACCCAGUCGUGAAGAGCCUUAUCCCUGACUUGGACGACGAUAUCAAAGCCUGUAAUCUCCCUACCAUAAUUUGCCCCCUUUGA